AUGGAUGAAACGCACAACAACAGGACUUCCUUGGUCAAAGGUGCCAAGGACAUCGCUAAAGAAGCCAAGAGGCACGCUGCCAAAAACUUCAGCAAAGCUGUUGAUCGGGCCUCAGAUGAAUACUCCACUCAUCGCAGCUACAACCGCUUCCAGAACGAGGACGAAGAAGAGAACAACUACAACGCUUACACUCAGCAAGACGGCCACUACGCCGACAACGCAGCCAAUGAUGAGGACGGGGCCUCCAGCGACGCCACGGAGGGCCACGACGAUGAAGACGAGAUCUACGAGGGGGAGUACCAAGGCGUGCCCGCCUACAAUGAUGGGAAGCUGCGGGACGGUCAGGUGGCUCUGGGCCAGCCGGUUUCUGACAGCGCCAAGAGCCGCAAGGAGCUGGAAAAUGAGAGACAGGCGGACGAGGAGGAGCUGGCCCAGCAGUACGAGCUCAUCAUGCAGGAGUGUGGCCACGGGAGAUUCCAGUGGCAGCUGUUCUUUGUACUCGGGCUUGCGCUCAUGUCAGACGGCGUGGAGGUGUUCGUGGUGGGCUUUGUCCUGCCCAGUGCUGAGACAGACAUGUGCGUCCCCAACUCUGGAGCCGGAUGGCUGGGUAGCAUAGUGUAUCUGGGGAUGAUGUUUGGAGCCUUUUUCUGGGGCGGCCUGUCAGACAAGCUGGGCCGUAAACAGUGCCUGCUGAUAUCCAUGUCUGUCAACGGCUUCUUCGCCUUCCUCUCCUCCUUCGUUCAAGGCUACAGCAUGUUCCUCCUCUGCCGCAUGGUGUCUGGCUUUGGGAUUGGUGGAGCUGUGCCAAUAGUAUUCUCGUACUUUGCGGAGGUGUUGGCUCGAGAGAAGAGAGGAGAGCAUCUGAGCUGGCUCUGCAUGUUCUGGAUGAUCGGAGGGAUUUAUGCCUCAGCCAUGGCCUGGGCCAUCAUCCCGCACUACGGCUGGAGUUUCAGCAUGGGCUCAGCCUACCAGUUCCACAGCUGGAGAGUGUUUGUGGUGGUGUGUGCGCUGCCGUGCGUCUCUGCAGUGGUCGCUCUCACUUUUAUGCCUGAGAGCCCUCGCUUCUACCUGGAGAUGGGUAAACACGACGAGGCCUGGAUGGUGCUCAAACACAUCCACGACACCAACAUGCGCGCCCGCGGAGAGCCGGAGAGAGUCUUCACUGUGAACCGGAUAAAAAUCCCCAAACAGCUGGACGAGCUGGUGGAGAUGCAGAAUGAGUCAGCCAACCCUGUGCUCAAGGUCCUCCUCAAGAUCAAGGCCGAGCUCAGAGGAAUCUGGUUGACUUUUAUGAGAUGCUUCAACUACCCAGUAAAGGACAACACUAUGAAACUGGCUGCAGUCUGGUUCACUCUGUCUUUUGGGUACUACGGGCUGUCUGUGUGGUUCCCUGACGUCAUCAAGCACCUUCAGGCCGACGAGUACGCCUCCAGAGUGAAGAUCCACAACAACGAACGCAUUGAAGACUUCACCUUCAACUUCACCCUGGAAAACCAGAUCCACAGAAACUCUGUCUUUAUGAACGACAGGUUCAUCACUAUGAAGUUCAAGUCAGUCACGUUCAUCGACUCGUCUUUCAUCAACUGUUAUUUUGAAGACGUCUCCUCAGUGGGAUCCUCCUUCAAUAACUGUACCAUUGUGGAUUCCUUCUUCUACAACACGGAUGUCGAUGACACCAAGCUAACGAAUUCAAGGGUGAUCAACAGCUCCUUCCACCACAACAAGACGGGCUGUCAGAUGACCUUUGAAGAUGAUUACAGCGCCUACUGGGUCUACUUCGUCAACUUCCUGGGAACGCUGGCCGUGCUGCCUGGAAACAUCGUCUCUGCUCUCCUCAUGGACAAAAUAGGGCGUCUUAGCAUGUUGGGAGGCUCCAUGGUGCUGUCAGGCAUCAGCUGCUUCUUCCUCUGGUUCGGCACCAGCGAGUCCAUGAUGAUCUUCAUGCUGUGUCUCUACAACGGCCUCAGCAUCUCCGCCUGGAACUCCCUGGAUGUGGUCACCACCGAGCUGUACCCGACAGACAGGAGGGGCACAGGAUUUGGCUUCUGUAACGCCAUGUGUAAGCUGGCAGCCGUGCUGGGCAACCUGAUCUUUGGCUCGCUGGUUGGCAUCACCAAGGCUAUCCCCAUCCUGCUGGCAUCGUCCGUGCUGGUUGGCGGCGGCCUGGUGGGGCUCCGACUGCCAGACACUCGUGCCAAUGUCCUCAUGUAAACCUCAACACAGAGCAGUUAUGUUGUUUACCAGGUAUUUACUCAGUUUUACUGAAUAACUCGUUCGCGGGCGACAGUACGGUUUAUUUGAAUAUCACUAACACGUCGCGUAGCUGUGAUCAUUCUUGUGUUUAUUAUUUGACAAAUAAUGUCAGCAUGUCCACAAACUCAAAUACAGGACACUGAUUGUUAUUCCGUUGUUUCUGAGUAAAAUACCUGGUAAAUUAGGAGAAUGAAAUGCAGUUUAACUUUGCAGAGAGCUGCGGAUAUAAAGAGUUUGAAGACAACAAUCAAAGGUUUAAAAAAUCUGGAAAUCCGUUCACCACAGCCCCGGGUGUUCUGGUUACUCUUAGGACACAAGCUAGAGUUAUUAGUGGUUAAAAAAACUCUGUAUAUCAGCAGCUCAUUAUCUUCCAUGGGCGGUUUCACACAUGCAACCCACAAACGCAUGUGUCAAAGCUGCAAAAGGCUUGAACUUCCAACAACAUCCCCCUUUUCAAAAUCCUGCCAUGACAUGUUGUUUUUACACUUUUUCUGUGCAAAUUAAACAAACAACAUAUUACACGUUGGCUUUGCAGGUGCUGGUAAGUGGAUUUGGUUCUCUUUGGACAGAGCCAGGCUAGCUGUUUCCCUCUGCUUUCAGUCUUUAUGCUAAGCUAAGCUAACUGGCUGCUGGCUCUAACUUCAUGAGAGCGGUAUCAGCAAUGCUCAGCAAGAAAGUGAAUAACUGUGUAUAAUUCAACAAGAAGCACGAGUCAUGUUGUAGCAGCUGAGUAUUUGUGAUUAGUUUUUUUUUUCUUUGUUAUUUAUUGCUUUACCAGUUUCUGAACCUGCGAUCAAUAUCCCACUGAUGUUUGAUGAUGUUCAAGCCUUUUGCCGCACUUUGCAAGAAUGACAAGGCCAUAGAGAAAAAAAAAGAAAAGAAAAAAGAUCAAUAACGAUAUAGUAGUUUAGUCAAAAACCGGCAACUUCAGCAGCUACAUUUCUAAAGUGAAAAGAAGUUUACAUUUUCUGCUUUUUACAGUAAGAGACUUUUGAGAUUGGAAACCUUUUGUCUGAAUGCUUCCUCUCUCCCUCUCUCGUGUCUGUGUUGUGUUCGUCUCGUGGCGCCGAGCUCACCAUGAAGGGCUUUGCUCUC